CAGAGCGCGAACGAAGAAGCGGAUUUGCAGGCAGGUGUGUAUGGACUGUAGUGUGCUGGAACAUAUUUGAUCACUUGUUCUUCUCUUGUCCAAAAUGAACAUGAAGCCAAAUGUCGAGAUUCUGAAGGAACCUAAAGGAUUCAUUAAAGGCAUUGAGCUGGUGAGUUUGCGUCAAGAUUGUGCCUUGUGGCGCUUAAUGGAUAAUGCAUUGAUAAUGCCUUGAUAAUACCUUGUACUCUUCAGCAUUGGUUACAAAUUGCUACACUGAAAUCGGCGUUAUUUUAGCUUAAAGUACUUUCAUUUUCGAACUGUCAGCCGUAAAGGUGCACGGUUGUCCUAUGUUCAGUCAGUAUGGCACAAUCCGUGGUUAAUGCAUGUCGAAAACUCAUGAAAAAUGUCUGAUAUGAGCUUAAUUUUCAAUAUAUACGCUGCCUGUGAUCGUGACCUAUUGAGUCUUAUUUAUGAACCUCGACGACAGUCAGUUUAGGGCACAAGUCACAAUGUGUACAUUUUUAUAGUUCAGUCAUGAUGCAAAAGCUAACUUUGUACUUGUUAACGUUUGCAUGGAGAUAUGUUUUACGUAAAGUAGAAUUGAAUUUAAGCUGAUCAAGGUUUUAACUUCUAUACAGUAAAGCCAGUAUCGUAGUGAAAACAAAAACCGAUAUACACAUUUAAGUGUAAGCCGUAAAGAUAGGGGUUCAAUUUCUCCUUUUUAUGGGUAUGGUCAAGUUUGAUUCUAAAAUACCCUGAAAACACGAAUUUCUCGGAAAAACAGUGCGCCCUAUAACCGAAAAACUACGGUUAUUGUAAUAGUAAGAAUUGUUUGAAUCAUGGAUGAAAGUGGAUUGCAGCAUGGCCUACAAAAUCUUUGUGAUAUGGUUUAUCUGUCACUAUUUUGAUCAGGAGAGUCUGCAAUUGGAAAUUGACAACUAAAGACCUGAAGCAAACCAUGAUGGCAACAGCCACUAGAACAUGGCACAACUGAAGGUUUCCAGAGCAAAACAAGAGCUCAGCUUAUGUGCUUUGUUCACUUCCUAUCCAUUCUCCAACAUCAAUGUCUGGUUAAACAAAGUUACUCAAAUAUGUCCUAGAAUGCUGAAGCAUGCUUCCGAACCCACCCUCCCCUGCCCUACCCCCUAGAAGGACAUGUUGCAAAGCCACAUGCCAUUCUGGCUCAUUUUUCUCCCUAUUUUGAGCACAACAAGUGAAGGAAAUUUUUCAAAACCAGUCGAGCCCCCCUUUUACCUGUUGAAUUUGCAAGAAUUCUAAGCAACUUUAGGCUGUAGUAAGAGAUGCUUCAGUUCCAGUAUAUUCCUACGAUUAGCAGUAUUGUUGCUGUGAGUUGUCGAAAUUUCACUUCAUCAGUUCCUCAAAGCUAGCUUGCUCUUAGGUGCUCCUUUUCCAUUUCUGAUAGAGAGUCAUUCAGGAACUUCAAGAUGUUAAUUACAGGCAGUAAAUUUACUGGUUACUGCCUGAAACAUGAGGGGACGCAAGCGGCCUCAACUGUAAGUACUUUUUAGAAAUGCCAGGAUAUUAUCCUAGCAUUCCUAACAUUCCGAGCUGUGCGAGAGUGUCAAAAUCCGUGCAUAUGUCACAGAAAUGUCACUAGACCUAAAGUACACCAGAUGAGGGCGAACAAAUCAUGUGGAUAUAUUUCUCUUUAUAAUCUACAAUGUAACGCAAAGGAACUGGCUAAGGAAUAAAGGCACUAUUGAUUGCGUGUGAAACAAAAGCAUCAGCUGAUGAAUUUUGAUAUCAUGCAUUAAUUCAUUUAUCUUCUCAUAUUUAUUUGCUCUCAUCUGGUGUACUUUAGGUCCAGUGACAUUUCUGACAUAGGCACGGAUUGACACUCUCACGCAGCUCAGAAUGUUAAGAAUGCUAGGAUAAUAACCUAGCAUUUCUAAAAAGUACUUACAGUUAAGGCCUCUUGCGUCACCUCAUGGGUGAACACUGCUUGCUGUGCAAGCACAAUUAAAUUAAGCUGUCUACCCAGUUCAGAUCAUGCAUCCAUUACAUUUUCCAAAGACAACCCUAUUGUGGCCAGGAGCUCUGUCCCUCUGACUACUUCGCACACUUCAGUUGCGAUUCAUAUUUUAACUGACGCAAGAUGCGUUAUCUCUGGCCCUCUCUCCAUCAUCAUAAACAUAUCUGUGCAAAAGGGCAUCUUUCCAUCCAAACUGAAAAAAGCGAAAGUUGUUCCUGUGUACAAAAAUGACGAUGAGACUGAGCCUGGUAAUUAUCGUCCAAUAUCAUUACUGUCUAUUUUCAAUCGGAUAUUUGAAAAAUUAAUGUACCACCGCCUCAAAUCCUAUCUUGGUAAAACGAUAUUCUAUUUAAGUCACAGUAUGGCUUCCGCGAAAACCACUCCACGCAACAUGCCAUUAUUGAUAUCGUUAAUGUCAUACAAAACAAUAUUGACCAAAAACUUUUCACUUGCGGGGUCUUUUUAGACUUAAAAAAGGCCUUUGAUACCGUCGACCAUUUAAUCUUGCUUCAAAAACUUAAUCAUUAUGGCAUCAGAGGAAUUAUCAAUGCUUGGUUUGCCUCGUACCUUCUCCGUCGAUCACAAGUAACUGAAGUGGGUUUUAACUUAUCUACCGAAUGUAUGAUCUCAUGUGGUGUCCCACAGGGGUCUGUGCUUGGUUCUCUGUUAUUCUUAAUCUACAUUAACAAUAUUCACAACUCUUCAGCGAAAUUGUCAUUCUAUCUCUUUGCUGAUGACACGAGCUUGUUGUAUGCUGACUCUAAUUUGAAAUCUCUUGAAAAAACCGUCAAUAGCGAACUGCUCAAAGUCUCUGACUGGCUCAAUGCAAAUAAGUUAACGCUCAAUGCUAAAAAGUCAAACUAUGUUAUCUUUCGUCCAUAUCAACGUAAGUUGAACUACUCGAUUAACAUUGAAAUGAUCGAUAACUGUACUCAAAUUCCUACCACGCUUCAGUGCGAAGACCAUGUUAAAUAUCUUGGCGUCCUAUUGGACAGCAACUUGACCUGGAAAUUUCAAAUAAAUAAUGUUGCAUUAAAAAUAAGCAGAACUGUUGGUGUUGUUGCCCGUCUUAGGCACUUCGUCCCACGUACAACCCUUUUAAAUAUUUAUCAAUCAUUGAUCUUGCCUGAUCUGACAUAUGGUUUGGCGGCUUGGGGUCAAGCUGCCAAAACCCAUUUAAAAAAAAUCCUCGUGCUUCAAAAACGAGCCCUUCGUUUGAUGUACUUUUCUGAACCUAGAGCCCAUGCUGUGCCUUUAUUUAUUUCCUCGAAAAUUCUACCCCUACAAAUGUUAUAUGCUGAAAAAGUAUCUUCUAUAAUGUUUGACGUUUCCUGCAUGAAUGCUCCGUCUAACAUCUGUGAUUUCUUCACUAAAGCUAAUUCAAAGCACAGGCAUGAGACCAGAUUUUUCUUCGUCUGGAAAUUAUUAUGUUCAAACUUCAAGACUGAAUCUAAAUCAAGAUUCUUUUUCCAGGUUUGGAGCUAAACUUUGGAACAUAAUUCCUAACGAAUUUCGUCAACUCUCCAAAGGAGCUUUUAAGAAAAAUUUUCAUGACUUUUUGCUCUCGAUAAUGGAAGCAGAGGACGAUUAUGUUGAAGUGCCCAUUCUCCUACAAAAAAUGGCAAAUUCUGCAUCCUCGACUCAAUGUAUAUAAUUGAUAGUUAUGUUAGUAGUAAAUUUGAUUGUAAUAUCAUUCUGUAAGACUAUAUAUUUUGUAACUUUAGCUUGUUUAUCCAGAUAGUUUAUUUAGUUACUUUACAAUUAUUAUAUUAUCUGUUAUGACUGCUGUAACCUUUCCUCUCCGCCUGCCUCGUCUAGCUUUUGCUAUUUGCGGGUGGAGAUGGCAAAAUGAUUUGCAUGAAAAUAAAGUAUAGUGUAGGUGGUAGUUGCCCUUUUCCUCUGACCUUUUCCUCUUCUUUUCAUCCAGGUCAUCACCAUAUUUGCCUUUGCCACAGUGGCUGGUUUUAUAGGUCAUGCUGAAUUUAAACUUAAUUGCAUAGGAGUAUCAGACACACGAAAAGUUUCUGUGGAUUUUUACUACCCUUUCAGUGAGAUGAAAGUAUAUGUCUCAGACAACAAGGCGGGCUGUAGAAAUGACACCGAAAUCGAGUCACAUACAAUGGAAUUGAAAUACAAGUCUGAGGCAGAGUACAUUGUCUUCACUGGUGUGGUUUCCAUGUUGUUCGUCAUUGUGGCUCUUGUUUACUACACCUUUUUUGAAGAUCGAGCCAAAGAAGCCACCUCAACUGAUGUUGGUUAUUUUUCGUUUCCAGUUUUGGUAAGCUUAAUCAUGAUUAGGUCACUUUAAUCCUUUUACUCCCCAGAUCUCUUUAGUAAUUCUCCUUACUGUCUGCCAUACAUUGCUUAUAAUUUUAGUUUGUAGAAUUUGGUAUUGAAUCAAAUGAUAAUCCACUAAUUGAUAUUUUUCUAUAUUCUCAUCACUUGUCUACUUGAGACUGUAUUGAUAUUGUGAGGAGAAAUUCUGUCUUUGUUACUACUGAGAGUGAAAGGGUUAAUCCUUUACGCUUUAAUGUCAGUAUGCAUAUUCUGGAUACUGUUCUCUAUACAUUUCCUGAGGUCCAUGGAUUAAUUUUUUUUACUGUCCAGAGCUGCUUUCGUUGGUGAUUAUUUCAAGUACAGCUAACUUGAAAGACAGAAAAUUAGCAUUUUUGAACCAAUCUUAACACCAAUGUCCUGCUAAAUAAAGUUACUCAAAAAAUGUCCAGAAAUCAUAGCUUAGAGGGUCUAAAUUUUGCAACAUGCUAUGUUUGCUGUAUGAGCAUAAUUCAAUUCAAGUGCCUCCUCAGUUCAGAUCUUAAACCUGUUACAUUUUCCAAUGACAACCUUGUUGUGUAGGAAUUGGUGGACUCUGGGUUAGAUAGUCCAGGUUUUAGCAGAAGCUAAGACUAUGGAGUUGACGCAAGAACUGAGUGACCAAGACAGCAUUUCUCCUCAUAACAUUAAUACAAUAUCAAGCAGACAAGUGAUGAGAAUAAAGAAAAAUAUUAAUUAGGGGAUUAUUAGUUGAUCCAAUACCAAAUUCUCCAAACUUACAUCACAACAACUAUAUAGGAGACAGUAAGGAGAAAUACUAAUGAGAUCUUGGAGGUGAAAGGGUUAAGUGCUGGUUGUUACUAACUUACAAUGGACCAGUGUGAAACUUUGUUAGAAUUAUUCACAGUCAGUGAAGUUGACAUCUUGUGUUUUUGCAUGGUGGUUCUUAAUUAGGUGUAAGAUUUUAAUCUUGUAUGAUUAUGUAACACCAUGUUUCCUCAAAUAGGCGCCUGCAUGCUUAUUUAAAAUUUUGGGCUAAAAGGAGGGGCACUUAUUGAAAGAGGGGGUGCUUCUUAUUCUCUUGUACUGAUCCCAUUGUAGUUGACACUUAAAGAGUUGUAAAUGAAGUGGUGAUAGAGCCAUGUUUUCUUUGUGUCCAUGCUUAAUCAAGAGGGGUGCUUGUCCGACCUAUGAACUUGUAGGAAAGAGGUUGUUAAAGCAUGUGAGCUAAUUUGAUGAAAUAUGGUAUUUUCAACAACCCUUUAACUCCCAUGAGUGACCAAGACAGAAUUUCUCCUUACAAUACCAAUACAAUUUCAACCAGAUAAGAGAUGAGAAUAAAGAAAAAUAUCAAUUUGGGGAUAAUAAGUUGAUCCAAUAUUAAAUUCUCUGAACUAACAUUAUAAGAAUUGUAUGGCUGACAGUAAGGAGAAUUACAAAUUUGAUCAAGGGGUCAUAGGGUUAAGGACAAUUAUUUUUGACACUCUGGAUUUUACAAGUGAUUCAUGAUAAUGCUCAAAGGGUUUGUUCUUCUUCCUUGUGUGUAGGAUUUUGUCUUUACUGUUGUCCUGGUCAUCUUUUGGUUUACCAGCUCCAUCGCAUGGGCAGCUGCAUUGUCUGGGCUUAAAGAUGCUACAAGCGAGACAACUUUAUUUGACACAGUUGCACCUUGUAAGGCUCAAGGCUGUCAAUCAUUCAAUGGAGCACGAUAUGGAUCUGCUACUGUGGCUGUGGUAAGUAAUAAACCUCUUAUACUCCAAAAUCUAUACAGGUAUUCUCUGUUAAGUUCUCAUAACCCUUUAUCUCCCAUGAGUGACUAAGAUAGAAUUUCUCCUUACAAUAUCAAUACAAUUCUCUUCAUGAGAAUAAAGAAAAAUUUUAAUGAGGGGAUUAUUAGUUUAUCCAAUACUACAUUCUCCAAACCCACAUCAGAAGAACUUUAUGGCAGACAGUAAGGAGUAUUACUAAUGAUGUCUUAGGAGUUAAAGGGUUAACAUUUCCAGUAGUCAUGACAGAGAGAAUUUAUUUAAAAAACAGGAGUGAUACUGUUAGGAGAUAUAAGAUGUUUGUAAAACAUCAAUUAAGGAAUUACUAGUUGAUUCAAUACCAAAUUCUCCCAACUAACAUCAUAACAAUUGUGUAGCAGACAGUAAGGAGGAUUAUUAGUAAAACUAUUUUUUAUAUUACAGGUCUUUGGAUUCCUCAACUUUUUUGUCUGGGGUGGCAAUCUGUGGUUCCUUUUUAAAGAAACACCAUGGCAUAGUCCUCGCACUUCUGGAAAAGGUGGUGAGAGUGUACCUCAGGAGCCUCCACGACAAGACAUUCCCUCUGCUCCAGAAAUUUAAUCUCUUUUCUCAGUGCUGCAAGGUAUGUUUUGUUCUGUUGAAAUACUGUUGGAGCUGUGAGCUCUAGAGCAGCUUACUUAACCCUUUACUCCUCUACAUCAGUAUCUGUAUUCUCCAAACUUUUCUCUUAAUAUUUCCUUUGGCACUGACAAGGAGAAUUUGUUUUACAAUCAAAGCUUUUUAGGUUGGUGAUCAUUUCCUUUAUUCUCAUGAUCUAAAUGAAUGAUUCAGCAGUGUUACUGAAGGGAGAAAUUAGAAGCUGGUCACUAGUAGGGUUUAAGGGGUUAAAUAUUGAUAAAUAAUUGGAUACAAUCACUUAGAAGUUUUGAUUGUGCUCAUAAAAUUCACUUUUUCUGUUCCUUAAAAAUGUGUUAAACUUGAGAGCCUUGGAAGAUAUAUGUAAGGUUCAGUUUCCAAACUUCUGAUUCAAACGACAAUAUACAUGCUCAUCCCUAAGAAUGGUUAUAUAAUGUUAUUUACUGGGCAGGAGAUCUAGAAGGAAAAAAGAGCAGAGGGCCAAGAGCACAGUUUUUUUGGCCAUAGAAAAACAACCCAGACCUGGAACAUUUUUAUUUUUCUGCUGGUUUGCUUCAAUCCACUUUGCCAGGAAUGACACAAAAAUUUGGAACCAUGGUCCGUAUUGUGAAAAGCUGGGCCAAUUACCUGCACCUUAUUUGAGCAUUUAAGAUUCUGGCCUCCUGAGAUACUUUGGAAAAAAAGAGUUUCCAGUUUUAUUAUCUAAUCAGUUUUUGUAUUUUUGAUUGCAGAUAAUUUGUCUUCGUGUAUUACUCUGUCAUCAGGCAUUCGUCAUAAAACAUGUUUUGGAUAAUACUUUUGAAACUUUACUACUUAGUCAGUUUUGAAGUUAAAGGGUUUUUGUAGACUAUUUUGGUCUGUAAAGUGAUUGACAUAGCUGCUGUUAUAUGUCAAUUAACAUGCAGUUAUUGACUGAGGUAGAGGUCCUGAUAAAAAUAAAUAUAUGUCUAUAUUAUUAACCAAGCUUGAGGUUCAUGUGGAGAAAAUCUGUGCCCAAGGUUUUGAGUGCCUUGCAAGGCUUAUGGCAGAGGGUCAUACUUAAGACCAAGGGUCAUACUCAAGACCAAGCACAGCUGUUUCCCCCUAAAGAAUGACCAAGUCCAACUUUUUUUAACUGUGGGAUUUCUUUUUCCUGUUUGACAGUGGAAAAAAUUCUGGAUUAUGGUCUUUAAGGCAGGAACACUUAUGACUAACCAAUCUAAUUCGAGGAUUUAAGAUUCCGGCCCACAAAGAUGCUUUAGCCAAAAAAAUAAAUUGGUGUAACUUUGGAACUAAGAUAAAUGAAACACCUUUGUAACAAAAUCCUAUCCCAGAAAAAAGGAAUCCUUUUGUUCAUUAAUUUGAUAUAUAUCUUAGAUCCAUGUGUUAACUUUGAACAUAAACUGAACGCUUUACAUCACUAAGGUUCUUACUUAAAAAUGCAAGUAAUUUCCCUUUUUUUGUAAGAGAGAAUCUAAUGUCAGGUUACAUUUGAUGUGAAAUGUUCAUCACGUUUUCAACCAUUUAAAUCUCAUUCUAUAAUUUUUUUUUUGUUUUGUUUACUAUUUGAAAUAUAAUUUACUUGUUUCUUGUCAAAAUGCUCUGUUUGCCUUUUCCAAGAAAGUAACUUAUAGAGAAAACAGAGCAAAAGAUAAUGCAGCUUUUCAAAGUACGUAUUAUGUCAGCAUUGCCAGUUUAUUUCUGGAAUGCCGAUGUAUUUUGAUAUUAAUUUCCACCCAGAUUGCAUUUUGAUUAUAAUCUGUAAAAUUGGGACCUAUCUUAAAAAAAUUUUUUUUGGACGACUGCCAUGGGCUUCUGAAGCAAGGUUUAUACAUUUUACUAGGUUGUGUUAAAAUUUAAUUGUCUUUAAUAACACCUAUUUAAGAUUUUCUUUUUUAUUAACCCUUUAACUCUCAUGAGUGACCAAGACAGAAUUUCUCCUUACAAUAUCAAUACAAUAUCAACCCGAUAAGUAAUGAGAAUAAAGAAAAAUAUCAGUUUGGGGAUAUUAGCUGAUCCAAUACUAAAUUCUCUGAACUAACAUUACAAGAAUUGUAUGGCUGACAGUAAGGAGAAUAACAAACUUGGUCUGGGAGUUGAAGGGUUAAAGUGAAUCAAGAAGAGUUGUUUCUGACAAAUUAUGUUUUUUGGUCAGAACUCCUUAAAUUUAAUAUUAUGCUUUUUUUGUUUUUGUAUCUUUUUAUGUUAAGAGUUUUGACGACUCACUGCAAAUCAAUACCUAGAAAUAGGAGAAGGGAAAACUUGAGUUUUUUUUCCUUAAUAUUUUCAUCUAGAACACCUCAGUAGAACUGGGAAAAACUUCCACCAAUACUGCAUUACAAACUUUUCAUGUCAUCGGUGAAUGAGUAUAUACUGUAUGGUGUAGCAACAUGAGGUGUGCAUCUCCAAAGUUACUUUUUUUCGUGGUGGUAGUUUUUUCUUUGUAAUACACUUGGGUGAUUUGAAUAAUUAUAAUGAUCUUUUGCUGUACAUCAGCAAGAGUAUUUUUAAAGUGAAAUUCUUCAUAUUCCAGCUUAAUCCUUUUGCUCUUAACCAUAUAUUUAGCUUAUUUGAGUAGAAAGUGUGGAGAAGAAUGCAGUAGUAUACUAAUUAUUUCUUUUCUUUGUAUUUUAAUCUUUUGAUUAUUUAGCAGUAGUUGCAAACCUUACUCUAAAUAUAACUUGGAUUAUGAUUUGAACAUUGUUGUUCCCAGGGUCUCUCACCUCACCGCCCCUAAAAGGUGAGAAAGAAUGGGACUGAUAUUGUUAUUUUGAGAGAAGCUGUCAAAAAUAGGAUUAAUUCAAAGAGUGAUUGAUUUUCGUGUAAAUUGAAAAUUUCAGGGAUAUGAUAAGUUUGGCA